AACAUUGAUUUCAAGAUUGCACGGUUCCAUUAGGUUAAGGGCAAUAAUGAUUACAAAAACAGUCAAUUACUGUUAACUACAGUCAAUCACAACGGUGAUUUUGUGACCAUUGCGAAAUCCGCCACUUGUCUUUCAACCGUACGUAGUUAAACCUCAGCUCCAUUCAUUUCACAGAUCAGGUAUUUCGAAGCUCUUACACGUAUCCAUUUUAUAAAAGGAUUUUUAGAAUGUUUGGGUUCAGUGGGUUGAACAUUGAAAUUUAAACUGCUCUCGAUUUAAAGCCGAAAGAAAAGAUGGCCGGUCUGGGUGUCAUUUUCUUAUGGACAAUUUUAUCUUCAAUGAUUUUGACGAACAUCGCACAGCCAAUUGGUGCAUCCAAUAGGCUCUCGAUGGACCUCAUGAAAAAUUACAACAAGAGGAUUCGGGGGGUGCGUGAUAUGAGGGAAUUAACGACAUUGCAUUUUCACUUCAAUCUUGUCCGGAUUGCUGAAUACGAUGAAGUAAAUGGAAAAUUAUCUAUUGUGGGUUUUUUCGGAAUGUUUUGGCACGACUUCCGAAUGGAAUGGAACUCUUCACAAUAUAAUGGAACAGGCACCAUACUUUUUGAAGAGAAAGAGGUAUGGCGACCAUUUAUUGUUUUAGGUUCUCCGCAGGAAGAAUUCAAACGACUAGGUGACGACGACAAUUUCUUUGUGAGAUACUCUCCAGCUGGUUUUGCAGAGUGGUACCCUGGGGAUAUCUGGGCCACCGCGUGUACCCCUGAUGUUUACAUGUAUCCUUACGACACCCAGUCAUGUGAGGUAUUGUUCGUGGUAUGGGGAUAUGCAGUCAGUGAAAUCGCCGCACGGGCGCUGUCCGACAAAGUUAACCUUCACGUGUAUACGGCGCACGGUAUGUGGGACCUGACGGACACUUCUGUGGCUGCAUACAGUGACCCAGUCAGACAGCUGACGACAAUAACCAUUGUACUGGAGAUGAAAAGAAUAUCCACCUUCCAUCUCAUUAACAUGAUUCUUCCCAUCGUGUUGGUCGGGCUGUUGAAUAACCUAGUGUUUCUUCUGCCUGCCCAGUCAGGGGAGAGAGUUGGCUACUCCAUCACUGUGCUACUUGCUAUUGCAGUGUUCCAAACUAUAGCCUCCGACAAUCUUCCGAGCGUUUCAAAGCCCCGAAUUUCUCUGCUGUGCAUCAAACUUUUGAUUGACUUGGUUUUAAGUGCUCUCGUUAUGACGUUAACAAUUGUGACGCUGUAUUUUUAUCACAUGCCAGAAACUCGAAGAAUUCCAUCUUGUGUUGUCGUUGUUACUAAAUGUGUGCUUUGCAAAAACUGUUGUAAACCCAACAAACCAAAAAGUAAGUCCGAGAAGUACAAAGAAUCCGUCGUCGGGAAUGGCAUUGUUAUUAAAGAAUCUGUGUUAGAGGAAGACAACCAACAAUCAACUGUCACGUGGACAGAUGUUGGUAAAAGUAGUGACAUCGUGUUCGCUGUGUUUUCUCUGUUAACGUUUUUGGCUUCAAAUAUUGUAUUUAUUCUGGUUGUUGCUCGAAACUAAUGACACUGAUAUGUUUGUUAUAAAAUGUUUUUGACUGCAUGGUGUUAUACGUCCAUUCGAGAAUUUUAUCACAUAUAGA